AUGGAGGAGAUCGAGAGACGCUUCCAGGCGCUCGAGGGAGCGUUGCAGGCUGCAGAACAACGGGUGCAGGCUGCAGAGGAGCGCGCCCUGGCGGCGGAGUCAGCAGCAGCGAGCGCAGGCGCCGCCGUGAACAGGCCCGUGGCAGCGGCGAGGGCCGCGCCUCAGGACCUGGUGGACACUCGGCUUCUGGCGAAGCCGAAGGCGUUCGGAGGCAGCGAAGACGAGUGGCCAGGGUGGAGCUUCAAGAUGCUCGCGUACCUCGGGGCCCUCGACGAGCAGAUGGCCAACGAGCUGACAGCAGCCAUGACGUUCCCGCUGGAGGAAGUGAGGAACGCGAGACUCCUGGAGGAGGGAGCGAGUCAGCGCAGUCGCCAGCUGUACUUCAUCCUCGUCCUGCUGCUGGAAGGAGCCGCACUGCAGCUCAUCAAGCCAGUCGGCGUCGGAGAAGGUUAUCGGGCGUGGAGGACGUUGCAAGACAUGUACGAGCCCGACAGACCAGGUCGCCAUGCAGGACUGCUGCAAGAGCUGAUCGCGUUCCAGUUCCCAGAGGACAACAUCGUGGGGAUGCUGGCGGACUUCGACUUCAAAGUCACGAAGUACGAGAGCCAGAGCCACGAGAGGAUUGGGGACAGGAUCAAGAUGGCGAUACUCCAGCGGGGGAUUCAGGACGAGGCUCUUCGAGCGCAUCUGGUCCACAAUGCGUCGAGGCUAGUCACGUGGGAGCUCAUGCGCAACGAAGUGCACAUGGUGAUCUCGACGAGGAGCGCCAUCUCAGCAGUGCCGCCACCAGUUCCGAUGGACACGAGCGCGGUGGAGAAGGCGAGGCGCGAGGCAGCGUGGAAGGGCAAAGGAAAGAAGGGCAAGGAAGGCAAGGGCAGGAAGGGCAAGGGCAGCGACACCUCCACGGACCAGAAGAGCCAGGCGGCCAAAGACAGGGCCGAGAAACGAUGCUUCCACUGCCACAAGACAGGUCACGUCAAGAGCGAUUGCAGGAAGUUCCUCGCAGAGCAGAAGAAGAAGAAGGGCACCAACGCCGUCGAGCAGGAGUCGAAGCCGACGGGAGCUCCACCAGCGGCGAGCGCCGCGGGGAGCGCGGCGCCAGUGAUGGCGAUCGCGACCGAAAGCAGCCCGAUCGAGCGACUGAGCCCGCCAGAGGCGUCAAGCGAGCACGCGCAGCCGAGGCAGCCAUUCUUGGUCGGGACCAGCCCGAUCGAGCAGCUGAAUCAGCCAGGGGCAGCAAACGAGCACGAGACGUUCGAGAGCAAGGAGAUCGUCGGUAUCAAUGAGCACUGGGUCAUGGUGGACUCGGGUGCUGCACGCUCGGUGUGUCCGCCGAGUCACGGGGCCCACGAGACGCUCAGAGACCUGAGCGAGCGCAUCAGGCUGGUCGGAGCGAGCGGCGACGACAUCCCGUGCCACGGCGAGCGCUCCGUCACGUACACGAAGGGCGGGCACAAGAUCGGGGUGGAUUACAAGGUCGCCGACGUCAAGAGGCCAGUGCUGGGCGUGUCGCAGGCGGUCGACAAGGGUACGUCGUGGGUAUUCACGCCGAGCGGGAGCUACAUGAUCCCGAAGCCGAUCGAGUUCUCGGACCCAGACGCCGUGCCGCUGGUCAGACGCAACGACCUGUUCUACCUCAAGAUGGACAGGUACGGUGAAGGCGUCAAGAACUCGCUCGUCAUGCCGGUGCGGGGCGAGGAGCCAGGAGGCGAGCCUGGCGGCGCAUCAGCUGCGUCCAGGGCAGCGGCGAGGGCCGCGCUCCAGGGCGGCAGCGGCGGAGGGGCUGCCGCGACUCGCGCUCAGGCCGAGGCGAGCGAGCCAGCAGCGCAGGCAGAGCUCGAGGAGUCCGUGCCAGUCCGAGUCAAGAAGGAUCCAGUGAAGCCAAGCUUGGCCGAGCAGAGGACGCACGAGCUGGUGCGCAUCCCUGCGAGGUCCUGGUGCUGGGUGUGCGUCAGAUCCAAGUUCACGGACGACCCACACUACAAGGCUGGGCACGAGCGCACAGGCGACGAGGUCCAGAUCGACUACUACUUCCUGGGCCAGCUGAGCAUCCUCAACAUGGUGCACAUGAACUCCCAGGCUAUUCAUGGCAUCAUGGGGCCGAAGGGUACCGACGCCUACAUGAUCAAGACAGCGGUCGCCACCAUCGAGAACUGGGGGCUGGAUCGCAUCGUGCUGAAGCACGACCAGGAGGCGUCGAUCACGGCCCUGGCGAGGGAGAUCAAGGCUCAGAGGAAGGCGCCCACGAUGAUCGAGUCGGCUCAGCGGGCUAACCAUCAGGGAGUUGGUGGAGUGGAGCGCGCCAACGAGGAGCUCGGCAAGCAGAUCAGGGCGCUGCUGUUCUCGGUGGGCGACAACUACAAGCGGGAGCUCCCAGCCGAGCAUGGGCUUCUACCUUGGCUCAUUCGGCACGCUGGCUGGCAGCUCAACCGCUUCACGAUGCACGGCAACGGCAAGACGACCUACGAGGUGCUCAAGGGGAGGCCGUAUCGGGGCGAGCUCGUCAACUUCGCGGAGUGCGUUUGGGCGAGGGACCCCACGCCGACCUCCAAGCUGCAGCCUCGGUGGCACGCGGCGGUGUGGCUGGGCAAGACAGAGGUCUCGGACGAGCACCUGGUGGCGGGUCCGACGCGCACGACAAGGGUACGCACGGUAAGACGGCGGCCGGAGGGUGAGCGGUUCGUGCUGGAGGAGCUGGACAAGUUCGCUGGGGUGCCGUGGGACAUGCACCGAUCUCCACAGAUCGGCAUUGUGCCGACGGGAGCGCCCCAGGUGGAGCCGAACCAGCAGCGGCUGCUGCCGCCACCUCCGCCACCGUCAGUGGUCUUGCCAGCCGCGGGCCCGGAGGCGCUGGUGCCACCAGCGAUGGUCGGGCCGGCGCCGCCCACGGGGCCAGGAGGCGCAGGGCUGAGGUCGACGUACAUCACGAGAGCGCUGAUUGACAAGUACGGCUGGACCCCCAUGUGCCCGAGGUGCGUCACAGGCAUGGGAUCGCACAGCGAGGAGUGCCGGAAGAGGAUCGAGAACGAGCUGCGCAAGGAGGAAAUGGCCAGGGCAGCGGCGGAGGCCGCGCCCUCGUCGGCAGCGGCAGGGGCUGCGCCGACGCCGGCGGCGGCUGGAGCCGCGCCGGGGCCAGCGGCUGGAGCUGGAGACGGCAGGCCAGGAUCGUCCGGGGAUGCCAGCAUGGCACCUCGCGAUGACCAGGGCGAGGCUUCGGCGAAGAGGCCGCGCCAGACAGGGGCGAUCACAGUCGGGUCGCUCGCGGUCGGGGCCUUCGUGGAGAUCAAUCCCUGCACGUACGAGGGCCUAGACCAGCAGUCUCACGAGGAGCUCGAGACAGUCACGGAGAUCGAGAGCUGCGAGCCGCUGGAGAUCGGGAUGUUCGAGGUCGGCUCCGUCGAGCCGUCGGCGAUCACGGUCCUGCCAGACGCGGAGAAGCACGUGUACGACGCGAGGAGCGGGAAGGAGCUCCCCAGGGACCUGGUCAGGCGCGGACGCGAGGCCGAGAUCGAGGAGAUGCGGCGACACGGCGUCUUCGAGGAGAUCCGCGUGGCCGAGAGUCGAGGCAAGGUGGUGCGUUUCAAGUGGGUCGAGGACCUGCGCACCAAGGCCAUGUACGGCACGCGCAAGGCGGCCCAGGCCUGGCAGGAGUACGUGGCCGGGGUGUUCAAGAAGAACAACUGGACGCGCAUCGCGGUGGCGGCGGGCGUGUACCACGAGCCUCUCUUGGACAUGACCUCGGCGAUCCACGGUGACGACAUCUUGACCGAGGGCGAGGAGGAGUCCCUGGAUGUCCUGGACCAGCAGCUGAUGGCGAGCAUGGACGUCAAGUGCAUCGGUCGUGUCGGGCCGGAUGGCGUCCGCGAGCUCCCGUACCUCAAGCGCAAGAUCAGGUGGACAGGCAAGGGAUUCGUCUGGAUCGGCGACACGAAGCACGUGACGAGAUGCGUGGAGCUGCUGGGCCUUACGGAGUGCAAGCCAGCGGACACGCCUGGGAGCAAGGCCACGGGCAAGAGCGUCCGGGAGGCGCUGGACCCGCUUCCACACGACGAGGCGAGGCUCUACCAGCAGGUCGCGGGGCUCGUCAACUACGUGGCGGUAGACAGGCCAGACAUCCAGUUCGCGGUGAAGGUGAUCCUCACGGACAUGGGGAAGCCCACAGUCAUCAGCAUGCUUAGGCUGAGGCGGUGUGUGCGGUAUCUCCACGGUCGGCGCGAGCUCGGGUGGUUCUACGAGAAGCAGGAGAUGCCGAAGGAGGUUCUCUACGAGACGGACUCGGACUGGGCAGAGGAUGAGAUCACGAGGAAAUCGACCAGCUCCGUGUAUGGCUUCUUCGGCAGCCACCUCCUGGAGACCCAGGUGGCAUCGCAGCCCGUCGUCGCGCUCAGCAGCGGAGAGGCCGAGUUUUACGCCAUCGGCCGAGGCGCGGCGAGUGCGAUCAUGAUGCGGCAGUUCUAUCAGCAGUGUGGCAUCAAGGUCGCGUCGAAGGUUCACAGCGACUCGAAUGCAGGCAGGGCGAUCGCGACACGGAUUGGCAGUGGCAAGGUACGGCAUCUACAGAUACGGGACCUGUGGGUGCAGGAACGAGUCAGGCUCGGCGAGUUGCAGCUCGGGCGAGUCGACACGGAGAGCAACAGGAGCGACUUGGGGACCAAGCAUCUGGACGGCAAGCGGGUGCUCAAGUUGCUGGAGAUGUCCAACCUGCGGCUUCUGACCAAGGGGCUCGCCGCAGGUGUGGGCGUCACUUUCGCGGAGGCGGCCGAGCAUGGAGACAAGCAGUGCUCUGCAGCCGCCGACGACGAGGUCGAGUCGAACAUCGGCUCGAUCGUUCUCGCCGUGAUCAUGUUCAUCAUCGUGCUGGUGCUCAUGGUCAAGGGCGCAGUUGUGUGCACGAGAGGGGCGGUGCAGCUCUUCUCAUCGAGGGCGGCGAGUGCUGCCCCACCAGCGGGAGCGGCGAGGGCUGCCCCGCGGGCCGACGGCACGGCGAGGCCCGAGGCGGCGCCGAAGGACGCGCCUGAAGGGCAUGUCGUUUCUCGGGCAGCGGCGAUAGCUGCGCCUGAGCAGGUCGCCGAAGGGCGAGACCUCGGUGCGGAGUACCUCGGGAAGAUGCUGGCUGAGGCCACCGUGGCAGAGCUCAAGGAGGAGCUCAGGUGGCGGAAGCUGCCAGUGAGCGGCUUGAAGGCGGACCUCAUUGUCCGUCUGACGAGGGACGGCGGCCAGCACAUGGCCAGCAGUGAGGGGCUAGCUGCAGCGGCAUGGGCCGCGCGGCUGGUCCCAGGCAGGGUGCCCAUCCGAGCGUUCCGCUCGGACACUAGCCUAGGCGCGCACCUAG